GUUUAAUUUGAAAGUUUUUUUUCUUUCCCCAAAAAACCCUGUAUACUGUACUAUCCCUUUAAAAAUAGUUCAUACGUGGUGAUUUUUUUUUUUCGAAUUUGCAUUAUGUGGUAAGUGAACGCAUGAUGAUGAAAUGUUUUUUUUUAAAGAAAUGUUUUGGUUUUUUAAAAUGUAUUACGUUCAAUAGGUGCAGCGUUAUUUUCUGAUGUAAGUGAACGCAUCAUGACUGAAUUUGUUUAAAAAAUAAACUUUCUGUACACGUUAAGUAGUGACCUUUCCCAUGGAAAGCGAACACCAAAUACUAAUUAUUAUUAUUUUAAGAAAAUAGUGGCAUUAGUGAUAUGUGAUGUUCUAAAAAAAUUUAUUGUGAAAAAAAACUAAAAUGUAUACAAUGUUCAGUAGAAGUACUGAUAUUUUCUGUAAUAGGCGCACGCAUCAUGACUGAAAUUGUACAAACAACCCAAAAAAAAUUUAUGAAUUUAAUUCAGUUGAUAUUUCCCGUGCUAAGUUAAGGUGUCAAGACUGGAAUUGGUUAAAAAAAAAAAACUGAACUGAGAGGUAUUAUAUCCAAGUGAAUUCGUGAUGGUUCCUGUGCUUAGUGAACGCAUCGCCACUCGGUCUUUGUAUGCUGUGAUGAUUUCACGUGUGUUGAAUUGAAGCAGUGACAUUUUAUGUGGUCAGUGAACGCAUCACGAAGUAUAUGGAUGGCUGGGACGAUUGCUAUUUUUGCGCUGUGUUCGAUUCGUGUUUUAAAACUCGUGAUAUUUCGUGCUGUCGGUGAACGCAUCGCGAGCAGUGGGGCUGGGCUUGCUGGCACUUUUCCCCCCCUCAGCGUCUUUCUGCGCAGCAGCAGCAGUAGCAGCAGACGAACGCACGGACGGAGACGCUCUCUCAGCUUUGUCAGAGCGGAACCGACGCCGCGCGGAGCCAAACUGGAGCCGGCGGUGGCAUCUGGUUCGCUCGCCGGGCAACCGGCGCCCGAGUGGGGCGGCGCCGAGCGGCAGCCUCCACCCUGGACCGACGAGCUGGCCGGCAUGUCCCGGCACAUCUACGGCAGACACGGGCCAGCCGACGGUGCGCAGAAGUCCGCCUUCCAGAAGAGGGGAGGCCAUGAAUCACCGCCCCUUCCAAACCUCCCUACUGUCACCCCACCAGCUCAGGUGAAUGGCGGUACGUACUCCAGGAGGAGUCGGCUGAAGCGAUCGGAUGGCAGCACCACGUCCACCAGCUUCAUCCUCAGACAGGGUUCUAGCGACUCCCACACGAGCCGACCGUCCGACUCGGACGUUUCCCUGGAGGAGGAGAAGGAGGGCGGCAAGCAGGAGCGUGAGCAGCAGGCCCAGCUCCAGCUGGAGAGGGCCAAGAGCAAAGCGGUGGCGUUUGCCGUGAGGACAAACGUCAGCUACUGCGGCGCUCUGGACCAGGACGUCCCUGUGGAAGGCACGGCCGUCUCCUUUGAUGCCAACGAUUUUCUCCACAUUAAAGAGAAGUACAGCAACGAGUGGUGGCUCGGUCGGCUGGUGAAGGAAGGGUGCGACGUGGGCUUCAUUCCGAGUCCUCUCAAGCUGGAAAACAUUCGCCUGCAACACGACAGCAAGAGAGGACGCUUCCAGGGCAGUCACAACAAGUCCAGCGGGAACUCGUCAUCCAGUUUAGGAGACAUCAUGUCAGGAACCUUCAAGAGUACACCAAACAGUGCAGGGAAGCAGAAACAAAAAGUGGCUGAGCACGUGCCCCCGUAUGACGUGGUCCCCUCCAUGAGGCCGGUGGUCCUGGUGGGCCCGUCGCUUAAAGGCUAUGAGGUGACCGACAUGAUGCAGAAGGCGCUAUUCGACUUCCUGAAGCACAGGUUCGACGGCAGGAUCUCCAUCACCAGGGUCACGGCCGACAUAUCGCUAGCCAAGAGAUCAGUGCUAAACAAUCCCACUGAGGUGCAGAGCGAGAUCGAGCGCAUUUUCGAGCUGGCGCGCUUGCUGCAGUUGGUCGUGCUGGACGCCGACACGGUCAAUCACCCAGCCCAGCUCAUCAAGACCUCGUUGGCACCCAUCCUGGUUCACGUCAAAGUGUCCUCGCCCAAGGUCCUCCAGCGUUUGAUCAAGUCUCGGGGAAAAUCUCAAAACAAACACCUGAACGUGCAGCUGGUGGCGGCCGAAAAACUUUCCCAGUGUCCUUCGGAGAUGUUUGACAUCAUCCUGGACGAGAACCAGCUGGAGGACGCCUGCGAGCACCUAGCUGACUACUUGGAGGCGUACUGGCGAGCCACACACGCCCCAGCACUCAACAGCAUGCCAGCACGCAACCUGAGCGCCGGCGCUCUUUUGCCGUAUCCUGCCGCCGUCUUUCAGGCCCAAUUACGCAAUUGUAACCUCCCGACUCCUAACACGAUGUCGCCAGUGGAGCGUCGCAGCAGCCUGAUGCCAGCUGACCAAAACGUGCAGAAUGAGAGGGUUAGGACUGGUCUCCGCCGGAUGUCGUCGGGUUCCCAGCCCAGCUGCGACCAGUCUCCUCUGGUGAAGGAGGAACCGUACCUCCAAGACCCCUACCAGGACUCUUAUCAGCCUCAUCGCAAGCCAGGCCGUAGGCUUUGAAUGAAAGCCCCUUGUACAAGAUAAUGAUAGCCUGUGGAAUGAUAGUCUUGAUACAGUAAUAAAGUAUGUUGUUGUAUGGAUACUAUUUAUUUUCUUAGCAAUAUAACGCAGAGCAUGUUUUUUUAUAUAUAUAUAUAAAUAUACAUACGUAUAUAAAUAAGCACAGCAAAGUGACAUCAUUGGAGUGUUUUUAUAUAGAAAUACGCUUACUGUUGACUCAUUUGGACAAUUACCAAGUUGUAGGCAUUAAUAUUCGUCUACAGUGGCACCUUGACUUACAAGUUGAAUCCCUUCCACGCUCGUAACUCAAAUCAUGUGUAUGUCAAAUCAAUUUUCCCCAUUGAAAUGAAUGGAAAUGGAAUUAAUCCGUUCUAGCCCCCCCACACCCCCACACACAAAAACUCUCCAAAAAAUGAUAUUUUUUUUAAACUAAGGAAAAUAACGCUCUACAGCAGUGCUUCUCAAUUUUUUACACCAUGUAGCACCCAAAAAAGUAAUUGGCGUUCCAAGUAGCACUAAAAUGAGUAACAUUAAAAUACAGCUGCCUUGUAGGCCUAAAUAGUUAUCAAUAAUGAAAGAGGUUGUGUUCCAAAGUUUACAAUAAAACAAAAGACUUUCCAAAGAAUUUUCCAAGUAUGAAGUACACAUUCUAUGUGAAAAACAUCCAAUUAUACACUCAUAAUGUUAAAAGAAAAAACAACACAUUAUAUGCCAGUUGUGAUAUAAUAGGAAAAAGAAAACCCCAAGGCUUACAGGAAUGAUCUCAAAAUAUCACCAGUAAAAAAAUUAAGAAUGAUCAGAAUACUACAAGAAAUAUCGAAAAAAAAUUACAAGGAAAAAAAAAAAAAGGUUAUAACUACAGCAACAUCGUUGGUAGUUUUGUUAGCCCAUCAAUGGCGUUUUGUAUUGUGUGUUAGCAUUAAGCGAAAACAAAGUUAUGAAGUUUGGUUAAAUGCAUGUGUAAUUCUCUUUGUUUUAAUCAACUGGGAAAGGCAAGAAACAGCUUGAAAGCUCUUUUGAACAAUUGUUUACUAUCUGCCAAACUGCUGUGUGAAUUUCGCUGACACCAUACCUAGUGCGCUUAACUCAGAAUUUCGCUCGCAACUCAAGACAAAAAGUCGUUGAGCAAUGACUCGUGUAUUGAAAACUCCUAAGUUGAGGAGCCACUGUAUUCAUGUACUGUGUAUUCACUGAGUAGCUGCACCAAGUAUGGUUAAAAUGUCACACUGAACAGAAGUACUGUACUAGAAUUAUGCUAAUAAAAUUGUAAU